AUGAGGAACUCACCCCACUUCACCAAGAACACCCUCAUUCACAAUGUCGUCUGGUAUGGCUACGUCUGCUUAAAUUGCUCCCUCUCUUUCCGGGUGGCUGAGGCUAUCCCGCUCUUCAGCGACCUUCUGUCGCUGGUGGGUGCUUUUCUCUCGACGCUCCUCAGUCUGCAAGUGCCAUGUGUGUCUGAACGCGUAAACGAGCUAACCCUCAACACUGUCGAGGGUAUGAUGUACAUGUACCUGUACGACUGCUGCACCUACCAGGAGCCUCCCGCCGGUACUCUGAAGAGGAAGAUUGUUCACACCCUCAACAUGAUUAUGAUCGUCACGUCAGUCUUCUGCAUGAUCGCUGCCACGCACUCCGCCAUCGUAAUCAUCAAGGAGCAUGUCAAUGAUGACGCCACGACCAAGCCGUUCUGUUGGGCCGACAACUCAAAGUACCCUGGUUCGAACCACGCACAGGGCUGCUCAAUUGGAGGAAAGAAAAAGAACUCAACCUAG